AUGGGAACAAACUUUAGACGGUUCUCUCUGAAGGUAUACCUGCAAUAUGAGUAUGUAUCCUGGAAGAACAUGGAACAGCGUCAUCGACCUAUAGCUUCUCUGGGGGGGAAAGCAAGCAAGCAGAUCUUACGCUGUAGACUGCCUAUGAUCCUGAAAAUCCAAAGGGAAAAAGAUUUAGGCUGGUUGAUGCGAGCUAAAUACGAGGUAGUCCCUUUGAAGAUCCUUCAUCUGAUAAGUAUCGGGGCUAUAUUCCAGGUUAUCUCAGUCGAAACCGACACAAAGGAGCCCAGCGGUGUCAAGGACAGUUGCAGGCCGGUUGGUCGCAGACGUUAUUUCCUGACAACGAUGUGA